AUGAUGAAGUGCUGUGCCGUCUUUGUGAAUUAUGCCAAGAGUCGGAUGUUGCGACCUGAGUCGCAACGACGAAUGGUUCUGAUCAUUGUAAGCAUUGCCCUGCUUCUGGAUAACAUGCUCUAUAUGGUCAUUGUACCCAUCAUUCCCGACUACCUUCGCACUAUGGAUGUGCUUCGACACAAAGAAGAUCUACUCUCCAACAUUUCUCGAGCUGCUAAGAUUCAGAACAGCACAGGAAAGGAGAAGAUUCAAGUAAUCUGGCCUGUACCGGAGGCGGAAGAUGCAAAGAUAGGCACCCUAUUUGCUUUCAAGGCCAUUGUCCAAUUGUUUUUUAACCCUCUUACCGGUCACAUUAUUGAUCGAGUUGGCUAUGAUAUCCCUAUGGUGAUAGGUUUGAGUGUAAUUUUCAUUUCCACUUCAAUUUUUGCAUUUGGACGUUCGUUUGGAGUGAUGUUCACGGCUCGAGGUCUGCAGGGGGUAGGAUCCGCUUUUGCGGACACUUCGGGUCUAGCUAUGAUUGCAGACAGGUACACUGAAGAAAAUGAAAGAACAAUGGCUUUGGGUAUUGCACUCGCCUUUAUAUCAUUUGGUUCACUUUUUGCGCCACCUUUUGGUGGUGUGCUGUACCAAUAUUGUGGAAAGGAAUUUCCAUUCAUUGCACUUGCUUUUCUAGCUCUCUUUGAUGGGUUUUUGGUGUUGUUUAUCAUGAAACCUGUGAGAUUGGUUCGUAUGGAAUUGAAAGCGGAAGGGGCCCUGCCCAAGCCGGUCCCUAUUCAUCGUCUCUUAAGAGACCCCUUCAUUCUUAUUUGCGCUGGGGCUUUAGUGGCUGCUAAUAUUUCUCUGGCCUUCUUAGAG